GCAAGUGUUUACAAUUUCUAAAGGCACACUAUUCAAAAUGCCUUUGCUGGGGAAAAGAGGGAAGAGGAAGAAAAGCAGAUCUGCAGGAAUGGAGAAGGUUGAUGAUCGGAGUCACAUUGGAGGAGCCCUUGUUCCAUCAGCUAUAUUUGCUGCUGUGCCAAAAACUCCGCCACCAACCACCCCUCCAGGAACCGGGGUCGGCCUUGCCGGUUCAUUAUCGAACGUGGCCACUCUCGGCCGGCUGUUUGCUGAACCUAUGCCUCUGAGCGAUGAUGAUCCACUGAGUGACCCAGAGAGCAGUCUGUAUGACUACCAACAAAUGGAGGAGGCUGGAUAUGUGAGUGUUGAUUUUGGAAGUUUGCCGCGACGUGGCCGCAGUAUUUCAGAACGACAACCUGCAACAACGCCAAAAUUAAAUGUACAAAACAAUGCAGAUGAGACGGAAAGGCAAAUGAUCACCGACAUAUAUGCUACACCACACAAAGGCAGAUACAGACAGAAUCAGAAGGAGAGUCCUGACAGGGAGGGUGACUAUGAACUGGAGAACCUACCGGCCUCCCUAGGGGGGACCACUCACGAUGUCAGGAAGGCCAUGCAGGCUGUUCAUGACCUGUCACCCUAUGAAGAAACGUUACUAAAACAGCAAGUUGACAGGAAGAUGCACACCAGUCCACAGUUUGAGAGAGGGAGUUACAAAAAGGGAAUCGGAAGUAAACGAAGCAGUGGUCGACACUCACAUAAAUUAUCAGAUGAGAAAGGUCACAUUUCUCCUGAUGGUAGACAGUUGGGACCGGUACCUCGGCCUGAACAAGAUGCGGACUCUGGUUUCGGUCAUGGUGAUACGAUCAACGGCGAAGUGGCGGACAGCCCGUCGUCACGGCAAUUUGUAACUAAAACCGAGCCACAGUAUAGUGCCAGCAGUUCACAGCACCUGCAAGCAUCGGGCCAUGUGUCGUCGAGGCUGGCUAGAGAAGGUGUCCAGGAUCUGACCCGCAGUCUGCAGAUGAAGGUCGAGGAACUUCAGGAGGACAACCAACAUCUCCAGGAGGAGGUCAUGUCACUCAGGAAGGUGGCGGCGGCGGUCAAUGAGGGGGACACGGAGAGUGCCCAGUCUCUGUUGGUCAGCAAACAGAUGAAGGAACUGAGGGAUGAGAACGAAGUGAUGAAGACGUCCGUGCAUAGACUAAACAUGGAACUUAGCAACCACCAGGCCAAGAAGAUACCACUCAGCGUCGAACAGUGUCGUAAGAUAGAAGGUCUUCCAGCUAAAGGACCUAUCCCAUCUUGGUUGAUAAGCAAACGAUACCUGGCUCCACUGUUUGUUGAAUAUGAUGACCGCCUUCAAGAGAAAGAUGACAUCAUUCUGAAAUACCAGGAAGAGCUACAUGAUCUGAAACUGCGGGUGGAGGAGAUUGUGCGAGAGAACGGCCAGCUGCAGAUGGCUGCCAGUGGUGCUGGUUUCGGCACUACAGAAUGGCAGCAGAUACAGGACCAGGCGAGACUGGUGCUGGAGGAGAACCAGCUGUUGAUUGAGCAGCUCAACGUACAGCAGAACAAAGCUCGAGAUAUGUACGAGGCUCACACACAGGAAGUGUCAAGACUCACAAAGAAGUUAUCGGCUGCAGACUACGAGAAGACGGAAGUUGAGCGUGAGCUAGAGGAGACGAAAUUAAAGAUGAGGGAACUGAAACACAAACUUGACUCCAUGAUGCUAAACAGCCAGGCUAACAUCCCAGUACAGGAGCACAUUAACGCGGUAGCCGAUGUUAAACGGACUGUUGCAGAAGAAAAAGAAAUACUUCUCAAGGAAAGAGAGAUUUAUGAAGCCAAACUAAAGGCUGCUGAAGACGAGAGAAGGUCUCUGUGUGUGAAGCUGACUGAUGCGGAGGUGGGAAACAAGAGACUGCAUGUAGAAAUAGACUUACUACACAAGGCUGUCAGGCGAACCCAGUACAAACUGCUUGUGUUCCAGAAAGCUAUGGAGCAGUCGGAAUUCAAAGAGCUCUCGACUCAGGACCAGCUGGCGAACAUUAUUAAAGUGGCCGAGAUGACUGCUGCUGAGCGAGACACCUAUGUGAAAAUGGCAAAAGAACAACAGCAAGAGAGUAAGAAGGCAAUGAACACAGCUUUUGCUAGCUCGGUAGCCAUUGGCCGACUGGAAGAGAAACUUAAGUUAUACAAAAUGAAAGCUGCUGCAAAGUUUAACACUGUUACAGAGAGGAUGAAGUACCAGGACGAGUCGUUCAACAGCCGGUGUCAAGAGUACGAGCGAGAGAUCAAGUACCUGCGGUUACUUCUCCAGGAAAAGGAACUCUCACUGCAGUCGUUACAGACAGAGAAGAGGGAGAUUGAGACCGAUCUCGAAUGCAUGUGGCAGGCAGCUAGCUCUGAGAACGUGCAGAUCAAAGACACACUGAGAAAAUGUCUGCGGAAACUACGAGAGCAUUCUGCGUUCAGCAAAAUCCUAGAUAAUGAUUUGUCGGAAAAACACGGACUUCUCAACCUGUCAGAAGACGAUGAAAGCUAGGGCUUUCUACGAGUUGUGAUUCACAGUGGAACUCUGCUUAAGUAUCACCACUUGACAGACCAGUGGGGCAAGAUUGAAUGUUUUAGCAAAAAACCCUAAAAGAUUUGAAAUUGUUUACGUUUUAAACUUUUUAAAGAAUGCUUGGACUGAUGUUGAUGCAUAAAGUAGCAUAAUAUAUUGUCCCAGAAGUCCUGACAAUGUAAAUGUCAAACGUUUGAAAUCCAACAUGAUGAUUAUCGCAAUCUGCGAUUGGUUGAGAGCGAGACAUUAUCAGCCUGAUUGGUCAAGAGUGAAACAUUAUCACAGUCUGCGAUUGGUCGAGAGUGAGAUGUUUUCAACAUCUUGACAAUACCGAAGACCUGUGGUCCAGAAUCAUGGUUAUUCCAAGUUCCCAAGAAUUUAAAAAAUAAUAGAUUAGUUGAAAAUCCAUUGCUACUGAAUAAUGAGUAUAUUCUCAACAUCAGUUGAAGAAUGGGUGAAUGAACUGCGAUGAAAUGUGAGGUGUAGGUGUCUUUAAAUGUAACCAAGUGCUACUUUUCAGAAAAAUCAGACAUCCAGAGCUGUCGGAGAGCAUUUUAAAGUGAGGAAAUAAAUUGUGAUAUUUUCUUUCUUCCAUUCCAGCUUGGACAUGAUAUUUUAUUUGGAGUGUCAUUUAAAAGUGAAUUAAUUAUACUAAAACCGUUCAUUCCUCGUGACCUGUCUAAAUUUGGCUAUUUAUUGAAUUGGGUGCAUUGCUUGAAUAAGCAGUUAUAUUUUUGUCAAGUCUUGCCAUUCAAUCCAUUUACACCAAUUAAGAAAACAUUUAAACUACCUUACCCCGGUAACUUACAUUUGAGGUGACUUUUUUUUAAUUUAAUACUUAGAAUGCCAAAAAACAAUAUAAAAAAAAAAAAAAAUAAUAAAAAAAAAAUCUUUUCAUCCAUCAUUGUUCACUAAUUUUAUGCAAAAGGUUUUUGAGAUAUAAAUAUUUAUAAAAUGUUUAGUUAUCGAUAUUGUGAAGUGAAAUGAUGCAACGUAGAAGUUCCAUGGCUGUCUUGUUUUUUUAAUAGUGUACAGUUAAAGAAGAUGGACUAAUCCUUGGUAUGUGCUGUCCUGCCGGGGGAAGUGCAUAUAACAUAUCCCUGGCUGCCGAUGGGGAAAACAUAGAUGGCCAAGUGAUGUUUGUGAUAACCCGUUCCCUUGAGAUUUGAUCAGUUAUUUUUUUUAUUCCAUAUUUCAGGGAUUCACAUUUAUAAUAUGUAUACGAUACAUCCUUGUACGCCUUCCCUAUAUACAUGUACACCGUCCAGCUGUUUUUAUUUUGUUUAUACAUGUGAACUUAUAUGUAAACUGUCCAGCCAUUAAAACUGAUAUUAUA